AUGUCUGCUACACAGAAAGCAAAACAAGCGCAGGCAAAGCCUCCCCCAUUGACCACGCAAGAGAUUCAGCAAAACUAUAACAGAUUCCAAAGUGAGCUGCAGGGCUUGGCGAGUAAGAUCGGAGAGCUUGAGCAGGAAGCCGAGGAGCAUGGCCUAGUACUAGCGACACUCGACGAGGCACUCGCGGAUGAGCCCGGUCGCAAGUGCUUCCGGCUGGUUGGCGGCGUCCUUGUCGAACGGACAGUGAAAGACGUCGUUCCUGCUUUGCAACAUAACAAGGAGAACAUCUCGAAGGCAAUCUCCACGCUGUCGGAGCAGUACAAAGUGAAAGAAGAGGAACUUGACACGUUCAAGAGGGAGUACAAUAUUAUACCAGCAACCGCGGGUUAG